AUGGAAAUUGAUCAGCGUUGUAGGGAGGGAAUUCGUCAGAGGGAGGAAGAAGAGAGGAGACACAAAAGAGAGAAAGAGGAUUAUGAGAAUAAGUAUGCUGCAUGGAAAACCCAAUUUAUGGCUUAUGAUAUAAGGAAACAAGAUGAGUGGGAAGAGAAGCAUGCUGAAUGCAAACUCUAUGGGAGUGCAACUGAUGAGGACUCUGACUCAACUAAGAAUGAGAUGAAAUAUGAUGUAGAAGAGAUAAACACAAGUGAGAUGGAUUCAGAUGAAGCAGAAGAGAAAGACAUGAUGGAAAGGUGGCAUGAAAGGAAGUUGAGAAUGAGAGUUGAGUUUGAGAUGGCCAAUCCAAUGAUAUAUGCAUGUACCAUGCAGGAAGGGGAGUGCAGCAGGAGCAAAGAGGAGACUCAGGAGAAAGACUCCGAAGAGGAGAGUGAGGAACGAGAUAGUGAAGAUGAUGAAGAUGCUUCGUCUUCCAUCAAUACUUCUCAUGCUUCCUCUGAAAGUGCUGAUAAGUGGUUCCGAGAAGAGGAGUAUUGGGAUUCUGACGAGGGAGAGAGUGAUGAUGACUAUUAG